UAUGCAGCUGUUGUGUAAGGAGAAAUGUGGCUGGGACGAUGCUCUACCAGCGGAGAUUCAACGUCAAUGGUUAUCCUUUGUCAGUCAAUUACCGUCUUUUUCAGAUGUCAAAAUUCCUCGUUCAAUUAUUGCACCACCUAAUGCCCGUGUCCAACUACUUGGUUUUAGUGAUGCGUCAUUGAAAGGUUAUGCGGCUCUUGCCUACCUACGUGUGGUGGACGAUGAUAGUAUUGUGCAUGUAUAUUUUCUUGGAGGUAAGACGAAAUUAGCUCCUAUAAAGUCUAUGUCAGUCCCACGGCUUGAGUUAUGUGCAGCUGCAUUAUUGGCUCGAUGGCUGGCUAGAUGGAAGACAAUUUUGAGUGAUCGGUUUGUAAUCAAGGAAAUAUUUGCUUGGACUGAUUCUACUAUAGUUCUCUCUUGGUUAACAACGCCUCAAGUUAAAUUUAAAAUUUUUGUCACAAACCGAAUUGGACAAGUCCGGUCCUUAGUACCUGAAUGUAUUUGGUUAUAUGUGCCGACUCAGAUGAACCCAGCAGAUUGUGCAUCCCGUGGAAUGUUGCCCUCUGAGUUAGUAUUUUGUUCUUUGUAUUGGCAGGGUCCCGAGUUUUUAAGAUGUCCGUCAGCUCAAUGGGAAUGUACUUUUCCUUGUAUUAAUGUUGCAGAAUUACCAGAAGUAGUUCAGAGUACCACUGUGGUGUUAGUUGCACAAUCAGAAGAGGAGUGGUUAGUUCAGUGGUCAUCUUAUACUCAAUCUAUUCGUAGGAUGGCUUGGAUUUUGCGAUUUUACAAACGUUGCAAUUGUCAUCAUUAUUCAUCGGCGAUCUUGAGUCAAAAGGAAUUAGAAGAGGCACUCAUGGCAUUGGUUAAGGUUUCUCAAAGAUACUAUUUUGCUCAGUUAAUCCAAGAAUUGCACAAUCAAUUGUCAAUCAAAAACCGUUAUUUAUCUAAAUUAGCACCUUUUUUAGACGACUCUGGAGUUAUACGAGUUGGAGGUCGUAUAAGACAUGCUAAUAUUAGUCAUUCUAGAAAACACCCUAUUUUGUUGGCAAAAGAAUCGCACUUGGCGUUCUUAUUGUGUCGUUAUUGGCAUGAAAUUACUUGUCAUUCUGGAGGUAAACUAUUGAUAUCUAUGAUUUCCCGCCGAUUUUGGAUUAUUUCAAUUAAACAGGUCAUUCGUAGACUUAUAUCAAAAUGUGUAGUGUGUAUUAGAAUGUCAGCUACUAACGUUCAACCUAAGAUGGGUGAUCUCCCUGCAUGCCGCGUACAACAGAGUAGACCUUUUAGUCAUGUCGGCAUUGAUUAUGCUGGACCAUUUUCUAUGAAAGAAACCAGCCUUCGUAAGUCACGUUUGUUCAAAAUUUAUAUUGCUAUAUUUGUUUGCAUGAGUGUAAAAGCAGUGCAUAUUGAAGUGGUUACUGAACUAUCGACUGAAGCUUUUCUUGCAGCACUUGAUCGCUUCGUUGGACGUCGAGGUUAUCCAUCAGACAUUUAUUCAGACAAUGGAACAAAUUUUGUUGGUGCUGAACGUCAGUUGAAGAUGAUAGUUAGCUCUGAGAAGAAUCGUGCAGCAUUGGCCAAGGCAGUUCCUAGUGUUUGGCAUUUUAAUCCUCCAAAUGCCCCGCACUUUAGUGGUAUCUGGGAAGCAGCAGUGAAGUCCGCAAAAUCUUUAUUGUUUAAAUGUAUGGGUAAUCAUGUUUUUUCUUAUGAAGAGUUUACUACCAUCAUUAUACGCAUAGAGUCAAUAUUAAAUUCUAGGCCUCUAUCACCUCUGUCUAGUGACCCCCAUGAUUUACAGUGUCUCACUCCUGGGCAUUUUCUAAUAGGUGAACCUUUAUUAGCUGUCCCUGAGCUUGAUGUUAGUAAAAGUUCUGUUGGUUUGAUUAAACGAUGGACACUGCUUCGACAGUGCCAUCAAUCAUUUUGGCGACAGUGGUCUCACGAAUAUCUCAACACUCUGCAGCUUAGAAGUAAAUGGGGGAUGGAUACUCCUAAUUUAAAGGUGAAUGAUAUGGUUAUCAUUAAAGAGGAUCAUACCCCUCCUUUACAAUGGCGACUGGGUCGCAUAAUUAGUACCCAUCCUGGGCAAGAUGGGGUAGUUAGGGUAGUUCAGCUUAGAACUCAAGUGGGAAUAGUUACACGACCAGUGGUCAAGGUUGUUCCUCUGCCAGCCGACUAAUGUUAAUGUCAUCUCGUCAUGCCAUCCAUUGCUGCCUGAUGUUAAGGUUGAGUAUUAUUAAGACUGAUUAUAAAUAAUUCAUUAAUUUUCAUGUUUUAUGUUUUUUAUUAAAAUUUUGUUUGUAAAACAUUUUACUUAAGUAUGUUGUAUAUGUUCCUAUAAUUGGCAAUCCAUUGUGAUUUUUAUUUUUAUAUAUUUUUAUAUUUUUUAAUGUUUAAAAUGAAUUAUGUUACUUUUUUUAUUGCAACUUUUACCUUGUUGAAAUUCUGUUAAAUUUUAUUGCAAUUUUAAGCCUGCUUCCACUCCAUCUGGCACUAUUGUUUCAGACCUCAAUUCAACGGCGCCAAUGAUCGUCUAAACUAUUUUAGACGGGGGGAUGAUGUUCGCGCCGCAGAAUAGGGCGACACUGUGGAAGGCUAUCACAUUUUUCAUGUUGUCCUUUAGUGAUAAAAGACUGAUACCUUUUUUUUUUAUAGUUAUGAAUCUACAUGUGUCUAGAAGAAAUAGGUUCUUCUGAAUAAUCCUUUUAUGUGGAUUUUUUGGUCUAAGCCAAUUGUGGGCUACUCAGAUACAUGUGUCUAGAAGAAAUAUGUUCUUCAGAAUAAUCCCGUUGUGUGGAUUUUGUUCUCGGCCAAUUGUGGUUGCUCAUUUAUGUCGGAAUGUGUGUGCCUCACAGCAACAUCAUCUCAAGAAAAAUAAAUCAUUCAUUGUUUUAUCAGAAAAAUUGUUUCUGUUCUUUU